CUUCAGACGAGCAUGUUGAUAUUGAUAGUCUCGAAGACAAGUCCCCCACAUCUUGACCACAAUAUUCCAACAUAACAUGCAUCCAGAUGAUGCUGAUGCCAUCAACCCUCCCACCCCAUCACCUGACCCUGACCCGCGCGCGAUACACGCCUUACAUAAGCGCGUCGGAGUCGGUGAAGUCGCGGGAUUGUUUUCCUCGAUUGCUUCACUUCAGCCAAACAAUCGGUCCAAUUGACUGAAUCUCCCCAUCGCCAUGGCCAAACCCACACAGGAGGACCUCGACAACAAUGUCUACCACCUGGUCACCGGCGCAAACACCGGCCUCGGCUUCUCAAUCUGCUGCCGCCUCAUCGACGAAUUCCUCCUCCAAACCGCCCCCUCGCCCUCGCCCUCCACCCUAACUAUAAUCUUCACCACACGAAGCGCCAACAAAGCGAGCGACACGCUCCGCCGUCUACAAACGCACCUGCACACCACGCACCCGUCGCCCGCCUCCUCCUCGCGCAUCACCCUGCACCCCGAAACCCUGGACCUGCACAACCUGCUCUCGACGCGUCUGCUCGCCCGCCGUCUCGCAGCCACGAUCCCGAAACUCGACUCCGUCGUCCUGAACGCCGGCAUCGGCGGCUGGACGAGCAUCGACUGGCCGCGCGCCAUCUGGGCCGUCUGUACCGAUCUCGUGCAUAGUGUUUCGUGGUUCGAGCAUAAGGUUGCGCCGAAGGGGGUGCUGGCGCCGGUGCAGACUAGUGGCAGUGGCAGUGGCAGUGAACCCCGUCUGGGAUCCAUCUUCACCGCCAACGUCUUCGGCCACUACAUGCUCUGCCACAAUCUGAUGCCUUUGCUGCGCAACAACAGCCCCGAAUCCCCCGGCCGGAUCAUCUGGGUAUCCAGUCUGGAGGCCACGCUGGCGCAUUUCGACGUGAAUGAUCUGCAGGGUCUGAGAACAAAGGUCUCGUAUGAGUCGUCGAAGACCCUGACGGAUGUGUUGGCCUUGACAGCUGAUCUGGACGGUUCGAAACCAUGGGUGAAGAGCUUUUGCACUGCGGACGGUCAGAGCGAUGAUAAGGAAGAAGGAGAAGAAGGCCCCAUGCCAAACAUCUACCUCACGCACCCCGGCAUCUGCGGCACGGGGAUCCUCCCGCUCGCGUGGCCGCUGUUCUACCUCAUGCUCUGCGCGUUCUGGAUGGCCCGCUGGAUCGGCUCGCCCUGGCAUACCAUGUGGACGUAUGUCGGGGCGUGUGCGCCCGCGUGGGUGGCUGGGUCGAAGCAGAGUGUGCUGGAUGAUGCGGAGGGCCCGUAUCGCGCGAAUGGAGGGGGGAGGGUCAAGUGGGGGAGUUCGACGGAUCGGGUGGGCAGGGAUUGUGCGGCGUCGACGGAGAUAGAUGGGUGGGGGCAUGGGGGCGUGGUUGGGGGCGCUGUGGUGGAGGCGGAUCGAGUCAGGAGGAGGAAGCGCGGGAUGAAGGAUUUGACAGCGCACGAGAAGGUCGAGUUUGAGGUCUUGGGGAGGGAGUGUUGGAGGCAGAUGGAGGAGUUGAGAGGGGUGUGGGAGGGGGUUUUGGAUCGCGAGGAGGGGAAGGCUGAGUGAGUGAGUGUAAGUCAGGGUUGAUCAAUGAGUGUGGUUGGUAUGAGUGAGUGAGUGAGUGAGUGAGUGAUGGAUGGAUGGAAGGGCAGUGUACAGCAACAUGUUCAUUGUACAACAAGCAGCUCAUAGAACUAGACAAAUAAUGUAAUGUGUAUAGUAUAGCAGCAUAGGUAAGAUACUGUAGGUAAUCAAAGCAUGAUGGUAUUCUUUUU